AGACUAUAACUUACAAUGGGGUGCGGUCAAUCGUCGGAGACGUUUCAUCCUGUAAUUGUCAAACAUGAAACGCCAUGUGAUAGUGAACAACUAAAAUGCUGCUUGGAAAAAGCACUGGUUGACCAGAAAAUGGCCAUACUUGAACUAGGUAACAGAGACAAAGAUUGGAUAAAAGAUGCAAGUUGUAAUGACCAAAUAGUGAUGAUUGACUGCAAGGCAUUGUUUGACGAACAGAUAAAGAAUCAAAGAACGAAGCAUAUUUACCCAGAUUUGUCUGACCAAAGAGAUAUUGAAGAUAAACUAUCGAGUUUACAAAAGCGAAUAGGUAAGUCCCCAACUAUACAAAUAGAGACGUUUGAAAACUGGGGAGAGACACAAUCUAUGCAGGUUAUUUCAUCAGCUCCUUCUACAAAAGAAGAAUUGCAGAAAUUGAUAUUAGCAGCAUCUGAGCAAGGUUUGCGUGUAAGGUGCGCGGGAUCCAGACACAGCUGGGCGCCAAUAUUUUCAGACAACAACCAAUUACUUAUUUAUGUGCAAAAUAUGAAAAGCGACUAUGAAGAUGGUUCCCGAAUUAGAAUAUCCAAUCGCAAAAAGGGUGAAGUAGACAUCAUGACUGGUGUGACAACUGGAGACUUUAAGAAGUUCCAAUUAAAGAAUAAGUUAAAUAUUGCAGCUAAUGUGAUAAUAGAGGCUGUGCAGAUGGUUAGUGUUGUAGCAACAGGCAGUCACGGCGUAGGAUUUGACACUAACACACCAAGUGACAAUGUAGUAAAGAUGCGCAUAUUCGGAAGUGAUGGUCAAUUACGAACCUAUACAUCUGACGAUAAAGAAAUGUUGAGGGCUAUCACCGCAAACUUUGGAUGUUUUGGAGUUAUAUUUGACAUGACAAUGAAACUCGUUCCUGAGGUUAUCGUCAAAGUAGAAAAUCGAUACAUGAACUUAGACGAUUUAUUCUAUAAUGCUGAAAAGAUACAACAAGUAUUUGAAGAAAACUGGUCUGUUGAGGUACUUUGGUUUCCUUACAACUCACUGAGCCUGUUUAAUUAUAAUCCCAAAAAUGAUGACGUUUUCCUCCGUAUAAUAAACAAAGAAACAAAGAAAGUAGAAAUUGCAAACCAAACCUAUUACAACUGGAAAGAAGUUAAAGACUACUUGUCAGCGGAAGCUCUGUACCUGAUAUCUCCUUUACUAACUGUAAAUCCUUCUUUGACUCCACUGUAUGCAUGGUCAUCGUUUGGCGCGUUAAAGAAAAUCAUUUACCCGAGCGGUACUCGUUAUCAGGAACUUCCACAUGCUGUUCAUUUUAGACAGUUCACAGAGAAAGUCCCUGUGAAUGAUAUGGAGUUUGCCUUUGAUUUGAGGGGAGAUUUUCUCCGACUGUUGAAAAUUAUUCAAGUCGUUAUCAACAAGGUAGACCAUUACGAGGGGAAAGAUGAGUAUCCAUUGAACGUUGUACUUGAAAUGCGUAUGAUGGGUUAUAGUGAUACACUUCUUUGUCCUGGUAUAAUCGGAAAUCCUGACUAUGGCGGAUCUGGUCACGUACUGUAUAUAGAAAUUUUAAGUGUCAUCAACACAAAAGGAUGGGAAAGAUUUGCCACUGAUGUAGGAAGAGAAUGGAUGGCUUUAGAUGGUGUUCCACAUUUAGCUAAAGACUGGGAUUUUCUUCCCGGUAUUGAGGACCAUAUUUACAAGCAUAUGGGACAACAUAUAAACGCAUUUAAAGAGCAACUGAACAAGUCUGGUGCUGAUCAAAAUGGAAUGUUUCUUAACAAAAGCCUCAAAAAACUAUUACGACUGUAACGGGUCUAAAAACUUUCAGCAAUAAGCAUGUUGUGAUCCAAGUUAAACAUUCUCUUGCUGUGAUUUCGUUUUAUAAAUAUGAUAAAAGUACUUUCAUUUUUAAAAAUUAAAGAUUAACAAGUUUCGUUCUAAGGGAAGCGGCCUCAUUUUUGAUAUCCCCUUUCCACGCUUCAGUUAAGAGUGUGAUUCGUGACAUGUGACAUACCAAAAGUUUUCGCCUUUUAUAAUAAGACAAUGUUGUCAGGUUACUGGUUCAGUUUUGUUUUAGUUUAUAUAUGUUGCCAUGGCAACAUACCAAACAACAUUUUGCCUGAAUGGAUGGAAAAUGAAACCUUCAAAAAUUGAAAAAAAAGGUAGGUUAAAAUACCAUGGCAAUAUUAUUCAAAUAAUUACAAUAAUAGUGCUUUCAAGACAAAGCACCAAAAAUUCAAAAACAUACUAAUUGCAAUAUCAACAAUAAAAAACCACGUAAAAGUUCUAUUAUAAUAUCAACAUAAUUCGAAACAUUACUCAAUUGUAUGUGUGUUUAUCGCCCACGACUAACAUUAAAUUUACAAACAAAUUGCAAUUGACAAAUGUUAAAUGAUUUUAAGAUAAAAAGAAAUUGUUGUUUUGUCUUACAAAGAUAAAUAGUUUAAUCAAAAUUGUCUAUUUUGACAACUAACUAAACUGUCUUACAUACUAAAAGUAAAACUUUGGGAAAUUAUUAUUUUGCAUUUUAGAAACAAAGUAUGUUGCAUGUAAAUAAAAUGUAUUAUUCUACAGAGUUAUAUUUCUACAAUAUGUAUACAACUUGUUUCGGAUAUGCUGCACCUCUCUGGUUUAAGAAAGUAUUGUCAGACUAUCAAAAUUUGAAUCAAAGUUUGUAUUUUACUGUGCUUCCUAAAACAUUCGAAUCCUUGAAUGAUUGGGGAGGGAUUGUGGAUGGAAGGUGCCUUCUUUUCUCAUUUUUUUUUUCCACGUAAACAUCUGUCUUGCCUGAGACGGCUGCAGUUAGUGAAAAGGGUAUUUUUUUGACUUCAAGAAAAUUAAGUAGUCUAGCAUGUUUAUUUUGUUAAUCAGUAAAUUACAGAAAACAUAUUAUGAAAAUAAAUAGAAUUUGCGAAGGGUAUUAUUACUAUAUUAAAGCUUUACAAUAUUUCAUGUAAAUUUCACAUAGUUAUUUAAAUGUUUGCUUUAAACAAAGAAUCUACUCUUAAGUUGGGCGCGAAAAAACUAUGUUCAUUGAUGAUGUGUAUCAAUUAAGAAUGGAACAAUUCAAAUAUUUAUAGAGAUGGCCAUGUAGACGCUGCUGUAAAACGUGUUCUGUAAUUCAAUGCUGGUUUGAACACAUUACUGCUAUAAUUGAUAUGAAAAUAACAAUGAAAAUUAUUUCGUGCGUCCAAUGCGCUUUUUGGACUAAAUAAUCUUUGAAUAUUUUUUUAAAAAUUUCUUUCAUUUAUCAACAACAGGAUAUUGA